CCCCGCCCGCGCCCGCACUUUCCCGGGAGCCCGCACCCGCCUCCAUUGAUGGUGUAGCGCGUCGGGGCAUUUUUGAAACGUUGGGGUUGUUGGAGUGGUUGGAUUUUCCCUGGAAUUGAGUGAGAAAUUCAGAAGACUGAAGCCCAGGCUUACUGUCUACCUUUCACGGAGGCCUAGCCGUGAGAGGACAGAAGAAGGCACGUGGCGCAUCAUGACAGCUGACAAAGACAAAGACAAAGACAAAGAGAAGGAUCGGGACCGAGAUCGGGACCGAGAGAGAGAUAAAAGAGACAAAGCCAGAGAGAGUGAGAAUUCACGGCCUCGCCGGAGCUGUACCUUGGAAGGAGGCGCCAAAAACUAUGCCGAGAGCGAUCACAGUGAAGACGAGGACAAUGACAACAACAGUGCCACGGCGGAGGAGUCCACCAAGAAGAACAAAAAGAAGCCACCGAAAAAAAAGUCUCGUUACGAAAGGACAGACACUGGAGAGAUAACGUCCUAUAUCACUGAGGAUGACGUCGUCUACAGACCAGGAGACUGUGUGUAUAUCGAGAGUCGGAGGCCAAACACACCGUAUUUCAUCUGUAGCAUUCAAGACUUCAAACUGGUCCACAACUCCCAGGCCUGUUGCAGAUCUCCAACUCCUGCUUUGUGUGACCCCCCAGCAUGCUCUCUGCCGGUGGCAUCACAGCCACCACAACAUCUUUCUGAAGCCGGGAGAGGGCCUGUAGGGAGUAAGAGGGACCAUCUUCUCAUGAACGUCAAAUGGUACUACCGCCAAUCUGAAGUUCCAGAUUCUGUGUAUCAGCAUUUGGUUCAGGAUCGACAUAAUGAAAAUGACUCUGGAAGAGAACUUGUCAUAACAGACCCAGUCAUCAAGAACCGGGAGCUCUUCAUUUCUGAUUAUGUCGACACCUACCACGCAGCUGCCCUGAGAGGGAAGUGUAACAUCUCCCAUUUUUCUGACAUAUUUGCUGCUAGAGAAUUUAAAGCACGAGUGGAUUCAUUUUUCUACAUUUUAGGCUACAACCCUGAGACAAGGAGGCUGAACAGCACCCAGGGGGAGAUCCGCGUUGGUCCCAGCCACCAGGCCAAACUUCCCGAUUUGCAACCAUUUCCUUCUCCAGAUGGUGACACUGUGACCCAACAUGAGGAGCUGGUCUGGAUGCCUGGAGUGAAUGACUGUGACCUCCUCAUGUACUUGAGGGCAGCAAGGAGCAUGGCGGCCUUUGCAGGGAUGUGUGACGGAGGCUCCACCGAGGAUGGCUGUGUUGCAGCGUCUCGAGAUGAUACCACCCUCAAUGCUCUGAACACACUACACGAAAGCGGUUACGAUGCUGGCAAAGCCCUGCAGCGCCUGGUAAAGAAGCCUGUGCCCAAGCUGAUCGAAAAGUGCUGGACCGAGGACGAAGUGAAGCGCUUCGUGAAGGGGCUGCGGCAGUACGGGAAGAACUUCUUCAGGAUCAGGAAGGAGCUGCUGCCCGGCAAGGAGACGGGGGAGCUAAUCACCUUCUAUUACUACUGGAAGAAAACCCCGGAAGCAGCCAGCUCGCGGGCCCAUCGCAGGCACCGCAGGCAAGCCGUGUUCCGGAGGAUUAAGACCCGAACUGCGUCCACACCUGUCAACACGCCCUCCAGACCCCCCUCCAGUGAAUUCUUGGACCUCAGUUCAGCCAGCGAGGAUGACUUUGACAGUGAGGACAGCGAGCAGGAACUGAAGGGGUACGCCUGCCGCCACUGCUUCACCACCACCUCCAAAGACUGGCACCACGGGGGCCGGGAGAACAUCCUGCUCUGCACAGACUGCCGCAUCCACUUCAAGAAGUACGGCGAGCUGCCCCCCAUCGAGAAGCCUGUGGACCCCCCGCCAUUUAUGUUCAAGCCUGUCAAAGAGGAGGAUGACGGGCUCAGCGGGAAACAUAGCAUGAGGACGCGGCGGAGUCGGGGCUCGAUGUCUACACUGCGUAGUGGUCGAAAGAAGCAGCCAGCCAGCCCUGAUGGUCGUGCCUCGCCCAUCACCGAAGACAUCCGCUCCAGCGGCCGGAACUCCCCCAGCGCCGCCAGCACCUCCAGCAAUGACAGCAAAGCUGAGACAGUGAAGAAGUCCGCCAAGAAGGUGAAAGAGGAGGCCUCGUCCCCUCUGAAGAGCACCAAGCGCCAGCGAGAGAAGGUGGCCUCUGACACCGAGGAGGCCGACAGGACCAGCUCCAAGAAGACGAAAACCCAGGAGAUCAGCCGGCCCAACUCACCAUCUGAAGGCGAGGGAGAGAGUUCCGACAGCCGCAGCGUCAAUGAUGAGGGCAGCAGUGACCCCAAAGACAUCGACCAGGACAAUCGCAGCACCUCCCCCAGCAUCCCCAGCCCCCAGGACAACGAGAGUGAUUCGGACUCCUCAGCCCAGCAGCAGAUGCUACAGGCCCAGCCCCCGGCUUUGCAGGCUCCCAAUGGGGCUACCCCAGCUCCUCCCACAGCUCCCCCAGCUGCCACCCAGCUUCCCACACCAGGACCCACGCCCUCUGCCUCUGUGGUCCCUCCACAGGGCUCCCCUUCAGCCUCCCAGCCCCCCAACCAGCCGCAGGCUCCAGCUCCCCACACCCAUAUCCAGCAGGCACCUGCCCUGCACCCACAGCGCCUGCCCUCCCCACAUCCCCCGCUGCAGCCUCUGACAGGGCCAGCUGGCCAGCCCUCCGCCCCGUCUCACUCCCAGCCCCCGCUGCACAGUCAAGGCCCGCCCGGUCCUCACAGCCUGCAGGCUGGGCCCCUGAUGCAGCACCCAGGCCCGCCACAGCCCUUUGGCCUCCCUCCCCAGGCCUCUCAGGCUGCAGCUCACCCUCAUAGUUCCCUGCCGCCCCCGGCCUCUCAGUCGGCGCUGCAGUCUCAGCAGCCCCCACGGGAGCAGCCCCUGCCGCCUGCACCCUUGGCCAUGCCACACAUCAAGCCCCCGCCUACCACACCCAUCCCCCAGCUGCCAGCGCCCCAGGCCCACAAGCACCCCCCUCACCUAUCGGGGCCCUCACCCUUCUCUAUGAACGCCAACCUCCCGCCUCCACCAGCACUGAAGCCCUUGAGCUCUCUGUCCACACACCACCCCCCGUCAGCCCCCCCACCCUUGCAGCUCAUGCCUCAGAGCCAGCCUCUGCCCUCCUCCCCCGCCCAGCCCCCUGUGCUGACCCAGAGCCAGAGCCUGCCCCCUGCUGCUGCCUCCCACCCCCCCACAGGUCUCCAUCAGGUGCCCCCCCAACCCUCAUUUGCUCAGCACCCCUUUGUCCCCGGGGGCCCUCCUCCCAUCACACCCCCGACCUGCCCCUCCACCUCCACCCCACCCGCGGGCCCCGGCUCCUCAGCUCAGCCACCCUGCUCUGCUGCUGUUUCUUCUGGAGGCAGCGUGCCUGGGGGGGCAGCCUGCCCGCUGCCCCCCGUCCAGAUCAAGGAAGAGGCGCUGGAUGAUGCUGAGGAACCCGAGAGUCCCCCUCCCCCGCCUCGGAGCCCAUCCCCCGAGCCCACUGUGGUGGACACUCCCAGCCAUGCCAGCCAGUCGGCCAGGUUCUACAAGCACCUGGACCGGGGCUACAACUCGUGCGCUCGGACAGACCUGUACUUCAUGCCUCUGGCGGGGUCCAAGCUGGCCAAGAAGAGGGAGGAGGCCAUUGAGAAGGCCAAGCGGGAGGCCGAGCAGAAAGCCCGGGAGGAGCGCGAGCGCGAGAAGGAGAAGGAGAAGGAGCGCGAGCGGGAGCGGGAGCGGGAGCGCGAGGCGGAGCGGGCGGCCAAAGCAUCUAGCUCAUCCCACGAAGGCCGUCUCAGCGACCCCCAGCUUGGCGGCCCCGGCCACAUGCGGCCGUCCUUCGAGCCCCCGCCGACCACCAUCGCAGCCGUGCCCCCCUACAUCGGGCCCGACACGCCGGCCCUUCGGACUCUGAGCGAGUACGCGCGGCCGCACGUCAUGUCGCCCACCAACCGCAACCACCCCUUCUACAUGCCCCUCAACCCCACCGACCCCCUGCUGGCCUACCACAUGCCCGGCCUCUACAGCGUGGACCCCGCCGUCCGCGAGCGCGAGUUGCGGGAGCGCGAGAUCCGUGAGCGGGAGAUCCGCGAGCGGGAGCUGCGGGAGAGGAUGAAGCCUGGCUUCGAGGUGAAGCCCCCGGAGCUGGACCCUCUGCACCCCGCCACCAACCCCAUGGAGCAUUUCGCCAGGCACAGUGCCCUCACCAUCCCCCCCACUGCGGGCCCCCACCCGUUCGCUUCUUUCCACCCGGGCCUGAACCCCUUGGAGAGAGAGAGACUGGCCCUGGCGGGCCCCCAGCUGCGGCCAGAAAUGAGCUACCCCGAUAGACUCGCCGCCGAGCGGAUCCACGCGGAGCGCAUGGCCUCGCUGACCAGCGACCCCCUGGCCCGCCUGCAGAUGUUCAACGUGACCCCACACCACCACCAGCACUCCCACAUCCACUCGCACCUCCACCUGCACCAGCAGGACCCUCUCCACCAAGGUUCAGCAGGCCCGGUUCACCCGCUGGUUGACCCUCUGACCGCUGGCCCUCACCUGGCUCGCUUUCCCUACCCUCCCGGCACCCUCCCCAACCCUCUGCUUGGACAGCCGCCCCACGAGCACGAGAUGCUUCGCCACCCGGUUUUCGGCACCCCCUACCCCCGAGACCUGCCGGGCGCCAUCCCGCCCCCCAUGUCUGCGGCCCAUCAGCUGCAGGCCAUGCACGCCCAGUCAGCGGAGCUGCAGAGACUGGCCAUGGAGCAGCAGUGGCUGCAUGGACACCCCCACAUGCACGGGGGCCACCUGCCCAGUCAGGAAGACUAUUACAGUCGACUGAAGAAAGAAGGUGACAAGCAGUUAUAAGUUAUUUAUUUGUUAACGCUGGCUGUGGAAACCCCAAUUCUAGGGGGGUGAAACAGGACUUUUUACAUACAAUAGGAGCUGCAAAAGCAAAAAGAAUAUCUUCUAAAGAUUUCUUUAUAUAUUUAAAAAGCCCACAACUAAAAUUGUAUCGGCAUUCUAGUGUUCGUUUGUAGAGAGGAUUCCUUGAGGCUGGUUUGGGUCUCCCUGCAUGACCGUCCCCCAGAAACUUAGUGAGUCCUGGACUGGACUGAACACUUGGAAAACUUCCCUGCCAUCUUGGGGUUUGGCUUUUGUUUUCUUUCCUCCCUUGAUUUCUCAGUAGGUGCUAGAAUCCAGGUCACACUCUCCACUGUGCGUGCAGACACACUCGGGUACGUGUGUUCCAGAACCCUCGAGGUUUGCAGCUCGGCGGCAUAUGAGUUUGGAAUCCAAGAGCUAUAAUUUUUAAAAAAUCUUUUAUUUUAAUACAUUGUAGGAGAUCUUCAUGAUUUGAGGAAGUUCUGCGCAUGGCUUUUUACGUCUGUAAAUAAGUAAUUUUAGAACAGCCUUUUUUUUUUUUCCUUUCCACAAACUACUAGUCUGAUCUAUUUUUUCCAGCCAUGUCACUAAUUGUGAAUUCCUACCAGCUAUUGACAGAAUACAGAGUUGAUUUUUUAAUAAAAAGUUAUAUAUAAUUAUCCCUUUAAUUAAAGGGAGCAGAUGGGCGUUACUAGUUGCAAUGGGCAGAAGCUUGGGGCUGGGUUUGGUGGCAGCAGCGAGCACCCAGGGGUUUGCAGGGACGAUGUUACAGACUGUUUCUUUGUGUCCGCUUUGGUUUCCCUUCUGUCUGUUCCCAGCUGUGCUUUGCCGCGGGUGCGGACUCCUUAGAAAACUCUUUCGUUUUGCACCAGGAGUGCAGGAGCUCAAUGUCCUCCUGUCUGGGUAGAAAGCACAUGUUUCUGUGUGUCUGAUUGUAGAUUUCCUUAGCGAUUUCUAUGCACACACAUCUGAUUGUUCUGGGUAAACUGCCUUUUUUAUUAUUCUGACAAUUUCAUGAACGUUCUAGAAAAUUCAAGAAAAUGGUUCCCUACGAAUAACUCAACACAUACGCUUGCCAAAGGAAUCUGUUAGAAGCCUGUCUUUCGUGUGUGUCCUCACGUGGCUCUUCCUGUGGUGAGACCAGGCCAUCCUCGGCGCAGACGGAGGCUGUGUUUGAGUGAGGGGGGCUCAGGGCCCACCCUGCCGUGGGUGUGUCUGCCCAGGAGCAGGACUGGCUGGGGACCCUUGUCAAACAGUGGCCAUCGGGGUCCCCCUCUCCACCCUGGAAGGAGGAGCCAGGAGUGGCAGCUGCCCCGCAGAGGUGGCGGGAGGCGCCGGCUUCCAGCGGGGCGGGGUCGGGAGGACGGCCCUGCUCCGAGCCACCGCCUCCCCCAGGGGCUGACCAGCGCGCUUUGUCAGGCGAGGGGCGGGUGUCCCGGGGACGGCUGCACCGUGAGCAGAAGCUUCUGGCAGCCUGGGACUGUCCUCUCCCAGACACCUGGGGGCUCUCCCUGCCGUCGCAUGCGGUGGUCACGUCAGGAAUUGUCAGACCCCGGCAGGGGACCUGCGGUUCGGCGUGUGCGCGAGAGCUGUGGCCCGGGGGGCGAGGCUGGCGCUUCGACCCAGACGCCAGCAGGUGUCGGCGCAGCUUCAGGUUCCGGUCCACCCGUAUCGGGCCGUUCCCGGCUUCUGUUCGAGCCGCGGCUGGUUUCAGUUGGGACAGAUAGAGGAUGGUUUGUCUGUUGAACAUGUUUGUAGUUUUUUUUCUUUUGUUAUCUCAUUCCAUUUCUGCCUUAACUUCAGCUCCUUAGAGAGGAGGCAAGUUUGAACAAACCUUUGGUUUUUAAACUUGAGGCCACAUGGGCAGGAGGCCUGUUUCUGGGGUGCCAGUGUGCCGGCGGGGCGCUCUCCUGCGCGCCUGUGGUCUUCAUCAGGCUGCUUCUCGCCCGACUCUGGACCUUGGCCGCUCCUCCCGCCCCCCAACUUCCUCCCCCGAGGUUGCUUUUGGCUCCACACGAUGCCUCCCACCCGGUCACGCCCUUCUUUAUCUCCUCUCUGUCAUCCGCGACCCCAGAGAAGAGAGGGAAGGCCUCGAGGGAAGGCCUGGACGUGUGCGCGCAGGGCCGUCUGAGGUAUGCGCUGUCUGCCCCCCGCCCCCGCGCGAAGCACUGAGAUUCUUCCACUUAGAGACCCACCACCCGAAACCCUCGCUGGUCACGUCGCUCUGCUUCGGGGGCGCCAGGCUCUUGCCGUGUCUUUGAAGCCGGACCCCUUGGUUCCCCGUGGGUUUCCUCCCUCGUCUGCAGCUUGGGUUUGCUUCCUGUGUUUGUCGUAUCUUGUUCCAUGUCGUCGAGGUGGAGCUUCAGUUCACUGCGCCGCAGCAGAGCGAGUGUACAUUCUGAUUUGCUACGUUUCUAUAUAUCUUGAGCUAAAUGUAUAUAUGAGUAGUUGCCAUGAGAUGACACAGUGUGAACAGAGUAGACACCCAGAAAUCGUGACUUCUGUGUUCUCUCCAUUUGAGUAUUUUGUAAUUUUUUUGAAAUAUUUGUGAACAUAAAUAAAACCAAGCUACACUACAGCACCUGCGCGCUGGCCGCGGGCUGUGUCUCCUUCUUGGGGGGGGGGGGCGUUGGCGUGGCUCCCCGGCCCGGCAGGUCCCCCACUGUGGGGCAGGGCAGAGGGGAGCCUGGUGUUCUUCCCUGCUGUGCUGCCCCCCCCUGCUUAACCAACCUCCCAAAGCAACUUCCAGAAAGACCCCUGACUGCGCUGUGUGGGGGAUGCAGCUUUUCUGGCGGAAGAACUUGCUCCGGGGGAUGCACCACCCCACUGAUGGGCAAUAGUGGGGCCCUGAAUUGGGCCCCCUGAUGCCUAAGAGCACCUGCCCAGAUCCCGUUUUCCCCACAUACCCCUGCCUGUGGCACGCCCCCCUCCCUGGUGUGGGCAUGGAGAGCGGCUUAAGAGCGGUCCUGGGCACCCCAGUAUUGGGACACCACGCCUGCCCUGUCCCCUCUGCCGUCCUUGAUGGUUCCCUAGCCCCGGCCGGGGUUUGGGGGGUGGGGGGGCCCUCUUGGUGGUCACGAGGACGGCGGUCACCAGGCUGGACUCAGGCUGUGGUUUCCAGCACUGGCGGGCAUCUUCCCGACGCUUCACCGUGGUCCCUGGAAAUGCCCGUGCUCGCCUGUUUGGGAAAUGCCCGCGCCUCCAGAUGCCCGGGGAGAGGGGCGCGAGCUGCCCGUG